AUGUCAAAGCCUGUGGAUGACAUACGUUGGGAAGACUGGGUCAAUUUCGAUCAAGACCCAACGGAUGGACUCGCCUCUUCGGUUGAAUCUAGAGUAGCCACAGAGCCACUGGCUAGGUUACCAGCAUAUCGCACUAUCAUUUCAGAGCCCGAGGAUGAUAUACCUUUGGACGACUGGAUCAAUGAGGAUCAAUAUCUGACCAUAGAAAACGCCUCUUCGGAUGCAACCAGACAGUCCCCGGAGCAUGAUCCUGAACUACCAGACUAUUGCGCUGGGACCAUACUAAGCAGCAAUCAAGUCUUAUCUUCAAACAACCGCGAACAAGCCUCAUUUGACUGUGACUUUGAAUCAGCAUCAGAAGAUUUCAGUCUAGGCUCUCUGAGCAAUUCCUCUCCACCACCUCAAGAGCUUGUUUCGUUGCCUAGUUGUGAGGUUGCUAUAAAUAUAAACAGGCAGCUAUCCGCCCUAGCGAACAAAUCAUUCGGGCUUGCACCUAAUGAAGAAAUGUAUCCGGAGUGUCUGCCAAAUUCUGAGAUAGCAAGGAUUUCGACCCCAGCAGAGAAUUCAAUUGUGCGGAAUGAAGAGAUGCAGCAUGGACUGAGUGAUUCCAUGAUAAAGUGCGUUGUCAAUAUGUCACCUUCUAGCCGACGAGAGUUCCUGGAGAGCAUUAUGGAUCAUACAGAGCAUACGGACACGCGUGAAAUACAUGAUCCGACAGACGAGGACGCCAUGGAACUGCUGCUGAACAGAGACAGUACCUGUCGGCUGUGUAGAUGGUUAUGUAUCUUCGAAUCGCAUCCCGCAGACUCAUUUGAACAUAUUAUGCGAUUCGUGAUGGUAGGUGGCAGAGCCUACAAUAUUCCGGGUCCUGGAUGGAUGAACCAGGCUUCCAACAGAGAUGAGAGGGAGUAUUGGCUCAGGAUAGAGGGUACGAGAUGGAGGAAUCGGCGAUAUAAAGCGUACCAUGGGUGGUAG